AAACUUGUAGGUCAAAAAAGUUAGGCACGUAUUUAAACGCUGAUGGAAUGUAACGGCAAAAUAAUCGCUAAAUGAAUUUGUUAUCACCUACCCUGGUUUUUGUUUUUGCUCUUAACUGUUGGUCUCUUAAAUUUUCUAUUUCUGAGUACCCAUGGAUCAAAGCAUGUCGUGUUUGGGAGAAAGACUGCCUAAAGCCGAAUCCAAAACAUAUACAACUUGCGUAUAUCAAGUUUCUUUACGGCGGGUGUACUCAUAUAAUCGGUAAUUUAGUCAUAUGUGGACUUGAGAGACUUGAAAAUGGAACUGAUCCUGACCUUUCUUUUCUUGACAAAAUUGAAGAUGUGUCAGGCUAUGUUUAUAUUGGUCAAAACAGCGUUCAAACGAUAUCUUUACCUUCUUUAAAAGUUAUUCGCGGGGAACCGGGAUAUCGUAUCAUGAACACUAGUGCUGCACUUGUGGUUAAUCGAAACAGUCUUCAAACUCUAGAUCUGCGAAGCCUAACAGCCAUUCAGCGCAAUCACAUUGUAGCUCUAAAUAACCAGAACUUGUGCAACUUCGGUUUCACUAUCGACUGGGAGCAGAUUUUCGAAGACAACCGUAAGCAGAUGUUUAUACCGGACAGAAAAGAGGAAACAGUUUCUCACGCUCGUUGUGAUAUUGCCAUACGAAACCUCACCGAUGAUCGUACCAAGCAUUCUUGUCAUAGUUCUUGUCCCGUGAUAAAUGGACGAGGUUACUGCUGGGGUCCAACACCAGAGAUGUGUCAAAAAAUGCUAAAAUGUGCUAACAAUCGAGAUAAUUAUUGUCUUGGCGGUAGGUCGACUACACAACCGUGUCUAGAAGAAUGUUUGGGUGGAUGCGAAACUGACCCUAGUAGAUGUAGGGCAUGCAAACAUGCGAUGAAUGACGGUAAAUGUGUAUCACAAUGUCCUCCACAAUUGAUAGUUAGUCGAGAAGAGAGUAGAACUAUUACGAAUCCAGAAUUCAAAUAUAAUUUCCAUGAUUUAUGUGUUAAAAAUUGUCCGGCACCAUUUCUCAAAUCAGACAGUUAUUGUGUCAUUGAAUGUGACUUGAAUACACAAGUUCCUGUCAAUGGUACAUGCAAGGACUGUCCGAAAUCUGGAUGCCCAGAGCAUUGUAAAGAAGAAACAAUAUUUCAGAAUGGAAGUUUGAAUAUCCUACAAUCAAGUUCAUUACAGAAAUUUAAAUCAUGUGUCUAUUAUACUGGUGGUUUGUAUAUAAGUAAGGAGUCUUUCCAAAAAAGUUCACGGUUUCCAGAUCCAAUAGUAAACAUCAAUGAACUCUACAAUUUGUUGCAACUGAAAUCAAUUGUUGGGUAUAUUUACUUUGAUUUACGUGGGGCCCCAGAAGAAUUAAAAAAUUUGACAUUUCUGGAAAAUCUAGAAUCCGUUGUUUUAGAAGUUAAAAGUCAAUCUCCAGGAGCAGUGAUUACUAUUAUGAAUGGUGAAAAUAUCGAAUCGUUUGGUUUCAAAUCACUCACUAACAUUGGAGGUUAUGUGUACUUAAAAAAUAUGCCGAAAUUAUGUUAUAUCAGUGCAUUGACAAAAAUGUUACCAGUGCGUAUGGUCGAAGUUCAAGAUGAAGAACAAUGCGUUAAACGUGGUCAUGUCUGCCACAGUGAAUGUCUACCGGAACUUGGAUGUUGGGGUGCUGAAGCUAACAUGUGUGCUCAUUGUUGUGGUUUAAAGGCUGGUGAUUAUUGCGUGUCUCGAUGCACGGAUCAUCCUGGCUUUUAUGAACUUCCAACACCUUUCAACCAUACAAUUCUAGGAAAAACUACUAAUAAUGAUCCUGUUUGUCGAACUUUACCGUUAACUAAAAGUCAAAUAGCAGAAAUGGAUGAACAAGCAAUCAUUGCAUCUGUAGUCCCUUCAAAAACAUGCGCCAUCUGUCAUCCAGAAUGUGCUCAGACAUGUUAUGGUCCUCAUGCAAAUCAAUGUGUAGGCGAAUGUAAACACUACCAGCACGGUGAUACCUGCGUACCUGAAUGUCCACGAAACACAUAUAUAGAUCCACAAACCCACUAUUGUUUACCUUGUAAUGGGUCAUGCAGUCACGUAUUGGCAGUUGGACAGAAUCAGUUAUGUAGUGGACCAGGAGAUUUCCUUGGUUUAGGUGGCUGUGAAACAUGUUGGACAGUUAUACAAGAUAAAACAACAAACAAAUACCAAUGCCUAUCCGAUGAUUGUCCUCCUAAACACUACACAGAAUCUUACCAAACUCAAGAUUUUAUCAACAAAGAAAAGAUCAUUAUGUCCUCUCAUAAUCAAGUUAAAAAAAGUGAACCUGGUGGUAUGAUUCGUGUGUGCAAACCAUGUCAUCCAUUUUGUGAUUUAUGUACAGCAAACGGAACACACGCAUCUAUAUGUCACAGUUGUAUUCAUUGGUGGUUUAAAUCAGAGUGUGUCGAGGUUUGUCCACCCGCGGAGACGUAUUCACUGCCGGCAUCUGAUAAAGAGUUGAACAAUGAAGAAAUUUUUGAAAACGAUUUAAUUACUCUUAGUAACAAUACUCAACUGUCAUCAAAUCAAUUAAAAGAAUUCACAUUUCUGUCGAAUACUUCUACAAGUACAAAUGCUAGCAUUAUUGACAAUCAACAAGAAUAUAAAACCUCCUCAUUAGCAGCUCCAGUAUUUUUAGUUAAAUUAAAACGCUCUCAGCGUCGUUGUUUGCUCUGUCAUGAACAAUGUAUUCAAGGUUGUUCUGGACCUGGUCCAGAAGAUUGUGUUAAAUGUAGAAAUUAUCAAAUCAUCUUGGAUGAAGAAACAAAUAAAUUCGUUUGUAAUUCUUCCUGUCCAGAGGAUCGCAAUCAUAUUUUUCACGGCAUGUGUCUAACAGCUGAACAAAAAGCGCGUAUAUCUGGUCAAACAGCUCGAGAAUUGCGUAAUCGAAUUCUUAUUGGAGUUUCUAUUUCCGUGUUUGUUAUUAUUGCACUUGUUACAAUUAUUCUGGUGGUAUGUUUGAAACGAAAAGCUGAAGCAGAAAAAAUACGUGAACAGUUACGUUCAGCAUAUACUAACUUGUUAGAACCUGAUAUGAAAACACAGUCUGUAAGCCGUGAACCGAACAUGGGACGGCUGGAAAUGAUCAAUCAAGAUGACUUGUCCUGUGAUUUUAACUCAGCACCACUAGGAACAGGAUCAUUUGGAGCUGUGUACAAAGGUAUAUGGAAAGUACCUAAACAUGCUCUGCUUCGAUAUAAUUGGCACAGGGGUGCUCAACUCGAUGUUGCAAUUAAAGUUAUCUUGAAUGAGUCACCUGAAUAUUCCGUGACUGCAAACCCAUCGUCUGCAUUUGGAACUGGUAAUUCAUCGUGUUCACAAGAAGAAGAAGCAAAGCGGGCAUCUGUUCGUGCUAAUAUAGAGGAACUUCUUCAAGAAGCUAAGGUUAUGGCAUCUGUUAUGCAUCGUCACUGUCUUCCACUAAUCGGAAUAUGUUUAUCUAGUGAACGUCAUUGCUUAGUUUCAAUAUUCGUGGAAUUAGGUGCACUGGACCGUUAUGUGAAACAACAUGCAGAUGAAUUGAAUAGUCUUACACUUUUAUCUUGGGCUGAACAGAUUGCUGAUGGUAUGAGUUACCUGGAAAUGCGUGGAAUUAUUCAUCGGGAUUUAGCUGCUCGGAACGUUCUCGUUCAGACACGUGAACAUGUACAGAUCACUGAUUUUGGUUUAGCUAAAAUGUUAGAACGUCGUGAUGAAGACAGUGUCAUAGUAAAAGCUGGUCGUGUGCCAAUACGUUGGUUAGCCAUAGAAACACUUCAAUAUGGAAUUUAUUCUCACAAAACAGAUGUUUGGAGUUAUGGUGUGACAUUAUGGGAAAUAUUUACAUUUGGAAAACGACCAUAUGAAGAUGUGGACACGGUAGAUAUCAAAGACCACGUGAUCAAAGGUGGACGUCUGACACAACCUGACAUAUGCACUUUGGAUGUUUAUAUGGUAUUAGUGAAAUGUUGGAUGGAAGAUUACGAGUCUCGUCCCACAUUUAUUGAACUUAUGCGUACAUUUAAUACAUUUUGCAAAACGCCUGGACGUUAUCUAUACAUCGAAGGUGAUCAAUAUGCACUCAAUUACUUUCAUAAUACAAAUUCAAGUUCAGGGAAAUUUUCAUCUGAGUCUCAUGAACUUCAGCCUAUGUUGUCUUUACGUGGAGUUCCUGAUGGAGAUACAGUACCGCACAGGAAUAAUAGUUUACACCGUCAUCAUACCAUAUUAACAGAACCAAGUAUGAAUAGACCAUAUUCUUCAGGAAAGCUACUUAGAGCUUUAUCGGACCAACCAAGUGAAAGAUCAGAUCCAUUUUCUGUUGGUCAAACCAAUGAACCUACAGAAACAGAGCUUUUGCUCCCCGUUCGAUCGAAUAACGGUAAUGUUGGAAACCAUUCUGCCUGGCAAGGAAGACAGCGUGGAGUCGGAGCUGGAGCUUCAUCAAAUACCUCUGAUACAAAUUUUUCAGGACUAGGCAGAAUAUGGAAGAGAUCAAACGUUCAUGAGAAGGUCAACUCAGAUAAUGCAAGUUUGACGAGGCAGCACAAGGCUCCUUUGGCUACUCGAGAGGAUUCAUGGUUGAACGAUAUGCCCAAGCAGUCAGAUCAUCCUGAAUCACUUAGUUCUGCUGGCUUAUCUGACCCCGCUACAAUUUCUACCACAGCGAAAACUUCGGAAUGGUCAGGAGUAUCACCUUCUUAUAAUCAAUCAAGUAAUCAGUUUAAUUUCAGUGGUAAAAAUCUCGAUGACAUGAGCAAUAAAUUCCAUUCACUUACGGAUGACAAUCCAUCAAAUAAUUUUAGAAAAAAUAGUGUUUCCGACUAUCUGCUUGAGCCGCCCCCACCACCACCACCUGUAACACAUGGCUUACCAGAUGACUAUUUACAACCGAAAAUUAAAAAUCCUAAAAAUACAUCAAAUCCAUACAGUAGUGCAUUGUCGAAAUCGAUGAACUACACUGAACUGGGUCCGGCAAUGGUUUCCAACGAUUCUGCAUCUAGAGAUGAAUAUUUAAGUCCGAAUACGCAACCAUUAGAAGAGUACUUAUCUCCCAUAUCUAGUGGAUUUAGCGUAACCAAUCCAGAAUAUUUAAUGCAAUCAUUCAGUCAACUACAACAACAACAUCAAAAUCCAAAUACAUUAUUAACACAAAGCACAAAUCCUGCUGGCAAUUCGAAUUCCCCAAUAAAAUUUCAGGAUAAAACGGAUCAAAAAUAAAUCCUUUUAUUUUAUUCACUGUUUAGUGUUAUCAUAUAUGUUGUGUUACUGUGGCUUUGUCGAAGCAGUUCCUUUUCACUUUAAACAAGUUCAUUAUUAAAACAAAUUCUACUAAUUAAUAUCAAAAUUAUUGCUUAUAUUUCUUCUUGUCAGUUUUUGUUUUUAUUUACCUUUCUCUGUUCGUUUUGUUUAUACAUGAAGAUUCCUUGGUUUCUUUUCAGUAUUGAUGAAUCAUACUAACUGAAAAUAUUGAGACAACAACCACUACCACCAGGAUAACGGAAAACAACUUACUGUUCAUUUCAAAAUGAUUCAUCAGUACCUCUGUAUUUUUCUGUUAUUUCCUGCUAUUUUCAUCUUAAAAUUUAUCGUAUUCAUGAAAACUAUAUAGAUUAAAUUAAAAAUAAGCAGUGUUCAUACACUCCAGAAGUAAAUGCACAAAUGUAUACACAUUGAGUUUUGUAUGGUUCCUUCGUUGUGAUGAUAGGUACUGAUAUUUCUUCAAAGAUUGAAGAUAUGGUCAAACAUGUAUGCAAAACAAUCAUACCAUAAGAAAAAACAGAGAUGUAUUUUAAUAAUGAUGUUACCUUCUCCUUCCUUAUUUUUAAAUUCCAAUGUAUUGAUUAUACAUAAACAGGUACAUACUGCUUCCUAAUAGCAUUUCUAGCAAACAAUUACUUCAUACUACUGCUUCUUGUCUAUUUCAGGUAUUUGUCGUCCCGAAAACUACUCAACUUUAUUUGUAACCGCUUGCUUGUCUAUGCAUUCACUAAAACUGUAUGUUGAACUGUCGUAUAUGCAUCUUUCACUGUUUCCAAAAUAAACAAAAACUAGAAGUACGAAGACAUAUAUAUAUAUAUAUUUAUGAAUUUCUUAAUAGUAAUAAGGACUUUGCAAACACAGCUUCAUAAAUCAAACAUGUUUUGAACGAGUUUAUGUUUGGGAUGCAUUUAUUGUUGAACUCGACGACUUUUAAUGUAAAUAAAAAUCAUUCACUUCGCUGUCAUUUCAAUCCUCGUUAUUUUUUAAACAAAUCUAAUAAAUAUUUUAUGCACUUUACAAUCAUCGUCAAACCGAAAAA